AUGCUCCUGGCAAGGCGAAAAAUGCCAGGCAUCGUCCUCCUAGGCCUCCCCGUCUCCCUCCUCCUCCUUCUCCUAUGGCACAAUGACGGCGGCCUUCCCACAUUCCCAACAUCCUCAUCCUCAUCAGCCAUCCCGCCAAAACCGAUAGAAUGGAUGACAGAACAAGACGAAACAUACUUCUGGCGGACCGUUAAAGUCCACCACCCGGCCCCGGAACCCCUCCGCCAACUCCCCGCCGUCCCCUCCGUCCGCUUCCCCCAGGUCCAAGCCCAUUUCCCGCCCGAGACGAGCACUCAGCGCCGCGUCCGCGAAGAGCGCCAGCAGACCGUCAAAAAGGCCUUUCAAAAGGCCUGGUCGUCGUACCGGAAACACGCCUGGCUCUCGGACGAGUUGACCCCCGUAUCAGGCGGCCGGCGCAACACGUUCGGAGGCUGGGCCGCGACCCUCGUGGAUUCCCUCGACACACUCUGGAUCAUGGACAUGAAGUCCGACUUUGACGAGGCCGUAGCCGCCGCCGCGACAAUCGACUUCAGGCACACCGACCUCGACGAAAUCAACGUCUUUGAGACAACGAUCCGCUACCUGGGCGGCUUCCUUUCGGCGUUUGACCUAUCGGGCGACGCCCGACUCCUCCGGAAAGCAGCCGAAGUCGGCGAGAUGCUCUACAAGGCUUUCGACACGCCCAACCGCAUGCCCAUAACUCGCUGGAAAGUGGGCGAUGCAGCCCGCGGUGACGCCCAGGACGUCGGCAACGGUGCUCUGGUAGCGGAGAUAGGAAGCCUAUCAAUGGAAUUCACACGUCUCUCAAUACUGACAGGCGACCCUAAGUUCUGGGACGCAACCCAACGGAUUAUGGAAAUCUUCGAAAGCCAACAAAACAAAACCAACAUCCCCGGUCUCUGGCCUCUAGUCGUGAACCCCAAAGACGAAGUCUUCAACCAAGGGGACGACUUCACCCUCGGCGCCAUGGCCGAUUCCCUCUACGAAUACCUCCCCAAAAUGUCCGCUCUCGUAGGCGGACGCAGCGGGAUGUACAAAUCCAUGUACGAAGCCGCCGUGAAGCCCGCCAUCGAACAUAAUCUCUUCCGGCCCAUGACGCCGACCAACGAAGAUAUCCUCAUCGCGGGGCAGGCGCACUCUCGCGAAUCCAACGGUGUACGUACUAUCGAACAGGAGCCGCAGGGCCAGCACCUUGUUUGCUUCAUGGGCGGGCUUCUUGCGCUUGGUGGGAAGCUAUUCAACCACCCCGACGAAGUGUCUGUGGCGAGGAAACUUGUCGACGGGUGUGUGUACGCUUACAAGUCUUUCCCGCAUGGCAUCAUGCCGGAGACGUUUUACAUGGUCCCCUGCCCCUCCAAGCAAGAAUGCGCAUGGGACGAAGCCCUCUACAAAAAGCACGUCCUCGAACGGGCAGAGAGAAAGGACGACGACGAGGUUCUCACCGCAGACGAAAUCAUCAAAAAGGACCGCCUUGUUCCAGGAUUCUCCGCCGUUCCGGACCGGCGCUAUAUUCUCCGCCCCGAGGCAAUCGAAAGUGUGUUCAUCAUGUACCGCACCACAGCCGACACGAGCUUGUUAGACUCGGCGUGGGACAUGUUUUCGUCCAUUGACAACGUCACGAGUACGGAGCUGGCGAACACGGCGGUGUGGGAUGUCACGGCCGAGGGACGGCCUCCGCAGUCGGACUCGAUGGAGUCAUUCUGGAUGGGGGAGACGUUGAAGUACUUUUAUCUCAUCUUUAGCGAGCCUGGGUUGGUGAGUUUGGAUGAGUUUGUGUUCAAUACCGAAGCACAUCCUUUCAGACGAUGGAAGUAA